UUUAAACCAGCGUUAGUCAGAAAAGAGCUAGCAAUAUUAUUAUUUGGGUCAUUGAUGACUACACUGCUUUAAAUAUCGCGAGAGGCAACAUAGGUGGAGAGGUGACAGUCGUUUUUAAAUUUUGGUCCCGUUUUUUCUGUUUAAUGACCCCAGGCCCCCAUGUGUCAAAUAUACAUGUACAAGUAUAUAUAAGCAAGGACGCGUGAAAACACAACAAAAAUCUUUUAACUACCAGCUUGGUUUAACAAGAGGAGGAGGAAUAACUUGAUACGACGUGGAUCUACUCUGCUGUGAAUUGAAAACAUGAAGCCUAAACUGUACUCCGUUUCCAUAGUGCCAUGUAUAUUCAUCGAAGUCGCCUUCAUCCUCAUCACCAUUGGUCUUGGGACGGACAGCUGGUACUGGGUGACCAGUGGUGACCACCCGGUGGCCGAGCGACCGGAGCACAAUAUGAAGUACGGACUGUGGAGGACUUGCUUUACAGACUGGCCAACAGGUCCCUUUGCAAGGUUGUCGCUCGCACCACCGUAUGAAGUGUGCGUGAGCAGCCUGACGAAGAGAACGAACAGCAGUACCGAUAGCAGCGUUAAAAACACGUUAGAAGAAAUUAACUUAUUCGUGUCCAUAGCUGUCAUUAGCUCUGCCGCCCUCUUGUUGUUAGCGGUUGUUGUAUGUAGUAUUGGGUUCUGGAAGGAGUUGGUAUCAGAAACCAAAACAGUGGUAAUAGCUGCUUCCACCGGGGGCCUAGCUGUUUUAGGAGGGUUACUGGAAGCAGCUGCUCUGAUCUGUUUCAUCGCACUACGCGACCUGGAGCGGCAGAACAGCCUGUUGCCCGCCACUGUGUAUAGAGGCUGGGGAUGGUCAUUCAUGGUCAGCUGGGCGGGGGUCGGGAUGGCGCUCAUUGGGGGAUUUGCCUUCUUUUACAUGGCAUAUCUGAUGAAGCUUGAGCGAAAGUACACCUAUGUGUCAAAACAGAACGGGAAAAGUGACGACAAAUACGGGCUUUCCAUGCAGGGUUACUGAUAGAGAUUUCAUUAGUGGUAAACUUGAUUUACUGUCGGGAAAAUCGAUACUACAGAAGAUUUUUUAAAAAAUGACUUGGUAUGAAAUGACUGCCAACGUGAAAUUUGGUCUGUAAAUGACCAGUUGAAGACGGUUUUAAGAGGAAAACUGAACACUUAAAGGGUGCCAAGUCUAAGAAUACAUGGACAGCCUAUGAAUUCAUUGUUGGGGAUCCGAAGGAAGUUGCAAGUUUUUACACAAAGGUCAAUUUUUUGUUUUCAACAGUUUUACCCUUGGUAAAUUCUGAUUUUAUAUAUUUACUUGUAAAUGUAGCUAUUUUUAUAUUAGAUUUUGAUAAUGCUCUGCGAAAUAUAUUUGGAUACAUAUUUAUGCUGGCGAUAAGUUUCUCCGUUAUUUAAAGGGAUAAUAACUCUUCGUAUGAGAUCUAUAUUUCACAAUAAAAACAUUGUGAUUAACUCA